UUUCUCUAUCGAUGCACACCUUCACACAGUUUGUUUCGGUGUCAGUCGUAUUAAACAGUAUUAUUUAUUACAUUACCGCUAUAUCAUGAUUAUCUCGUAAAAACACGUGUUUUUCCUUAAUGUAAUGGCAGUUUUGUUAACGAAAAUUGUUGUCAAAUGGACUUUACUGUUGUCGUAUUUUGUGUAUAUUUCCUGGGCCAGUUCCGAAUUAUCUGAAGAGCCAGUAGGAUGCAGUUUAAGGCAAUUCCGUUGCACCAAUUCAAAGUGUAUUCCUUUAACGUGGACGUGCGAUGGAGAAAAAGACUGUGAAGAUGGCUCCGAUGAGAAUCCUAAAACAUGCAUCAAAACAGCACAAAAAGUACUCCUGACACCCGCAAAAGCAUCUUGCGCCAAAAAUGAGUUCCGAUGCGGAAAUGGAAGGUGUAUUCCCGCACGCUGGCAGUGUGACAACGAAAAAGAUUGCAAUGACGGCAGUGACGAAGAUCCCCACUUGUGCCAACAAAAAGUAUGCGGCGCCGAUGAGUUUACGUGCAGAGCUGCUCCUGGUGAAUGUGUUCCUUUAACUUGGAUGUGCGAUGAUAAUCCAGAUUGUUCCGAUGGAAGUGAUGAAAAAUCGUGCAAUGAAACAUGUCGAUCUGACGAAUUCACAUGCGGUAAUGGUAAAUGUAUACAAAAAAAGUGGAUAUGCGACGCCGAUGACGACUGUGGUGACAAUUCUGAUGAAGAGAAUUGUCCAACGGUUACCUGCAAAAAAGACACAGAAUUCCAGUGUACAGAUAGAUACUGCAUCUCUUCCAACUGGAGAUGCGACGGUGAUGCAGAUUGUGCCAAUGGUAAAGAUGAGCAGGGCUGUCCGAAACCUACACAAACUUUGUCUUUUUGUCCCUCACAAGAAUUCGGGUGCAGCGAUCGCCUAACUUGCAUUCAUCGCGCCUGGCUGUGUGAUGGAACUAAGGAUUGUCCAGAUGGUGGCGAUGAAUCUGCCGCUCACUGUCAAAAUGUAACUUGUCGUCCGGAUCAAUUUCAGUGCAAUGACCGUAGCUGUAUCGCAGGACGUUUACACUGCAACGGUCAUCCUGAAUGCGCGGACGGGAGCGACGAAGUUAAUUGUGGAUUUUUAACACCAAAAUGCUACCAGAAGACUCAGUUUGAUUGUGGAGGCGGUAACUGCAUUGCUCUCGCUCAAGUGUGUGAUGGUAAACAGGAUUGCCCCGAGGGCGAAGAUGAACCUAGAGAUCUUUGUGGCAAGAAUGAGUGUGCGGACAACAAUGGGGGAUGUUCACAGAAAUGCGUAGACACGCCCGCUAGCUACUAUUGUGAUUGUAACCAAGGCUACAAACUUGUCGAUAACAAAACUUGUAAAGAUAUAAACGAAUGUGAAAUACCAGGUAGCUGUUCGCAAAUGUGCAUAAACGAUAAGGGUACCUUCAAAUGCGAAUGCCAGCACGGUUACAUGCGAGAUCCUCGCGAUUUAACCAGGUGUAAAGCUACCGAAGGUCACGCUUCAUUGUUAUUCGCACGCCGUAGGGACAUACGCAAAAUAUCGCUGGACCAUCACGAAAUGACGAGUAUAGUAAAUGAGACUUGCUCCGCUACAGCUUUGGAUUUCGUCUUUCGAACGGGCAUGAUCUUUUGGAGUGACGUUACGGACCAAAAAAUAUAUAAAGCUCCAAUUGACGAAGGAAGCGAACGUUCAGUCGUUAUAAGUAACGAUAUCACAACAACCGAUGGUCUGGCGGUUGAUUGGAUUUACAACCACAUAUACUGGACUGACACAGGGAAGAAUACCAUCGAAUUGGCAAAUUUCGAAGGGCAAAUGAGGAAAGUGUUAAUAAAGGAUGAUCUGGAAGAGCCGAGAGCUAUAGCGUUAAAUCCUAUAGAAGGGUGGAUGUUUUGGACUGAUUGGGGAUAUGAUCCAAAAAUCGAACGUGCGGGAAUGGAUGGAUCUCAUCGCCAGACGAUUGUAUCCUUCGAAGUGAAAUGGCCAAAUGGUUUAACUUUGGAUUUAGUAAAGAAGCGUGUAUAUUGGGUGGAUGCAAAGUUGAAUACAAUUUCAUCGUGCGAUUAUAAUGGAAGAAGCAGACGGGUCAUACUUUUUUCACCUGAUACUCUGCGCCAUCCAUUUUCCAUCACUACCUUCGAAGAUUGGGUUUAUUGGACAGAUUGGGAUAAAUUCGCAGUAUUUAAGGCUAAUAAAUUUACAGGGAAGGACGUACAAGCGGUUACUGCUACAGAAAUGAUACAAAAUCCUAUGGUUAUCCAUGUGUAUCAUCCAUACCGUCAGCCAGAUGGAGAAAAUCAUUGUCAAGCUGUAAACGGUCAUUGCUCACACUUAUGUUUGCCUGCGCCGCAGAUUAAUCAAAACUCUCCACUAAUAUCUUGCGCUUGCCCAGAAGGUUUGCGGAUGUUAUCCGAUGGCCUUACAUGUGUACAGGACACAGAUAACGUUACAACUCCGUAUUCAGUGACUCAUUCAGAUUUAACAAAGCAAUUCCAAACCCAUACAGACGUUGAAACAACGAGUAUUCCAACUAAAGUGGUUAUAGAAUCCGAUGACACCAGUUCAGGAACAAUCGCAAUUAUAGUCAUCGUUGUUACUGGAAUUGUAUUCCUCCUAAUGAGUGGGUUAAUAUACAUAGUUUAUAGAAAUUAUGUACAUCGCAAUCUAACAUCAAUGAACUUCGACAAUCCAGUGUAUCGGAAAACAACCGAAGAUCAAUUUUCAUUAGAAAAAAAUUACCCAAAUACGCGAGUGUGUCCGAGUACCGUUGGCGAAGAGGCACAACAACCCCUCACCGGUGCCAAUCACCAUGACAUCGUUUAAUAUAAUUGGGUCGCCAAAUGAUGCUCAAAUUAAUC